GCGUUCUUGUGUUGUGUGUGUGGGCAUCGGGGAGGCUCCGCUCCGACAUGAGAGUUGCAAAAGCAUCGUCCCUCCUCCUCCUCCGCUGCCGUCUCGUCUCUCUGUUAUCGCAUUGUCCAGCUGCUUCACUCGAAUCCAGACAGUCUUCGAAUUCAAGUAGUUUGUGGCAAUCAAGCAUCCUGGAAUAGCGUUUCAGGCAAUCUUUGAUUCAUAAUUACACGAUUGAAAAUAUUAGUUUGAGCAUGGUGGCAUUGCAGUGGUAGAUCAUUUUAGUGGAACAAAGAAGACGACCGACAUGAGGAGGAUUCUAGUGGAGUUUUCCAGGAGAGUGUGCCUGAAUGCUGCGAUUGCUAGACCGAUCGCUGCAAUUGAUGGAGCUAUUAAUGGUGGUGCGAGGAGUUGCAGUGGGGUUUUGAGGGAAUCCAAUGUGGUGGUUACGGUUAUUUCGAGAUCCACAUGCAGUGGUGGGCUGAAGAAUGGAUUUUCUGCUUGGAGUAUCGGUUGUCGACAAAGCGGCAUUGGAGGUUCUCAGCUGAGAUUGUUUAGCUCUGGACUAAGCGAUGCUGAAUCCGGUGCCUUGGUAUCGGAGGAGAAAUUUCACUCGCUAGCUAAUGACACCCUAGACACGUUACAAGAAAAAAUUGAAGCAUAUGGAGAAGAUUUGGACGUGGAUGGGUUCGACUUGGACUAUUCGGAUGGUGUCAUGACUGUAAGACUUGGAGAUAAAGGCACUUAUGUGCUCAACAAGCAGACUCCAAAUCGUCAACUUUGGCUAUCAUCACCUGUGAGUGGGCCAGCUAGGUUCGAUUGGAAUAUGAGUGAGAAUUUAUGGAUCUAUCGUCGAACCAAGGCAGAGUUGAUAAGUUUGCUGGAGGAAGAGCUUAGCGAGUUAUUGGGAAGUCCUGUUGCUCUCAAGAAUUGAGCUAGGACAACACGUAUUUGUCUGCAUGAUUUUGCGACUGCUCUCUGCAGCUCUCUUGUAGUAAGAUGACACUGAAGUAUAAUAACUCGGAGAUUUUGUUGCGCUUUUUAAGCCUGAAACUUGGCUUGCUGGUUUGAUCGGUGGGUCCAUUUGUGUGGAGGAUACACGCCUUGUUAGAUUGCUGUGAUGUGAAAGGCAUCAAAAUAUUCUUUUGCAAUAAGCUGGAUAAUAACAGUAAAAUUUUUGCUAUGCAGUAAAUUGUGUGCUUUUAAUAAGCACCUCUGGGUCAUUUUUCAAUAAUA